AUGGCAUCCACCAUCAAGAUAUAUCAAGGAAAUAGUCGCCAUUUUCCUGUUGAAUACACUAGAGAACCACGGUUAAACCAGGAAAGUAUCAAUGUCGACGACAUCAAAAAGACUGCUUUGGUCCCAAAAUCGCAAUGGGAUAGAAUGCAAUAUUCGUUAACGAAAUCUGCUAUAGAGGCGCAACAGAAGAAAGCAAUUAAACAGGAGAGAGACGCGCUACACGAAUCGUCAAAAGGAAUUGUAAAAUACUGGCCCAAUACUAUUGAGGGCAAAAGAUUGAAACGGCUACAAGCUCGCCAGGUAAAGGAAGAACAAAAAGAAAGAGAACGGUUGGAGUUAGAUAAGCGAGAAGACGAGUACAAUGCUCAAAUGAGAAAAAAUGCAAUUAAAAGAGCUAAGGAGUUGCAAUAUUUUCAAACUGAUCGCAUUAAAAAUUUCCAUAGUGCACUCCUUACUGGAGAAGUGCUUAAAGAAAGAGAAGCUCAAAUCGAUUUUAAAAAAAUGAGACGUGAUGUGAAUAAGGAAAAAGAUGAAAGAUAUAUUCAGCAAAUGAGAAAUGAGUAUGAUGCUUACUUGAAACGCGAGGAAGAGGAGAAAACUAAACGUCGCGAUAUACGAAAACAAUUCUCGGAUUUUCAACUAAGCCAGGUAAAAGAAAAAGAGAGUCAAAAGAGUAACUUCAUAAAAACUGAUUUAGAUGAAAGAAAAAAAAUCGAUGAUGAUGUGCGAAAUCAUGAGCAAGUAAUAAAAGAACAAGCGAAGAAGCAAAGAAAGAAUAAGCAAGAGCUCAUGAGUGACUAUAAGGAGGCAAUGGCUUACAGGCAAAUGGUAAAAGCAGCAGAGAAAAAGCUGCAGGAACAAGAAGAGGAAGAAACUAGACUAUUUGCAGAAGCUAAAAAGAGAAUGAUUAGGAUGAGAAAAGAAAAAGAAUCUGACUUAUUUAAAGUCUUCAAAGAACAUAAUGAUCGUAUGGUGGAUAGGUUACGAAAUAUAAUGGUACAAAAGGUUGAUGAUGAAGAUGAUAGGAUUGCUCGGGCGGUUGCAGAGAGAGAUCGAGAAAGAGAGGAAAUAGAAAGAUUACGCAAGGAAAAAAAUGAAAAACAAUUAAAAGAAAUCGCAAAGCAUAGAAAAGAAGUGAUUAAACGAAAUGAGAAAAUAAUAGCCGAAGAGAAAGAAAAGAGUAAACAGACACUAGAAAGGAGUAAACAAGAAUAUGAAGAGUGGAAAGUCAAGGAAAAAGAAGAGAAAAAAAAAGCACUUACAACAGUUGUCAAAUUGAAGCAGCUUAACUUGGAACAAAUAGGGGAAAAUACGAUAAGAAGGAAAAACUUAAGGGAACAAGAUAGUGACUACAUCAAAAAUAUGCAAUCACAAGAGCUCAAAGACGAGAAAGUAUUUCAGAAAUAUGCCGCAAAUGUUAUCAAGGCAACUAAAAAAGCUGAUCGAAAUCCAUUACCACUCGUUAAAGCAGCAAAUCAAGUUAUGCAUCACAGUACACAAGCUAUUACAGAGGAUGGAAACAUGAUUGAUGUUCAGCGAAAGUCUGAUAACGCUCACGACAAAAUAUAUGGUCGGCCGUUAAACUCUAAGAAGCGCCUCGGCUUUAAUUGGGACUAA